GGAUGUGUGUAUGUGUGCUGGCCACUAGCUGCACUAGCUAUACUCAUAUGUUGAGGGAAUACCAGUGGAAUUUCCGAAAAUAACCAAGCAGACGGAACGCUUGUUUUCCAACAAGUCUGCAUGUCUGUACAAUGGGAAACAAUUAAUUCCAUCCAUUAUUUGGCUACACAAACUUUUAUUUUUCGGUUAUUUCAAUUUGCCUGUGUUUGAAAUAGAGUAGGAGCCAUGGCUGACAAACUAAGAUUGGGUACAGAGGUCAGGGAAUUGAAAAUUGGACAGUCCUUCACGAAUCCUAAAGCUGGAGCUCUGCAUGCCAUCAGAUAUGACUUCAAACCUGCAUCCGUAGAUCUUAAUAAAAUUGCCACUGUUGAUGUGGGAAGUGGAAACCAAGUCACAGUUACUGUACCACAUUUAGAUGAAGCUGUUGUACCUCAAACAGUAUUUAAGGGAUCCCAGCGGCCUUUCCACAAAGAAUGUGUGUUGAUAAUAGAUAGAGUGACGGGCGAGAUAACGCUGGAGAAGUUGACAAGCAAUAUACAGCUUAAGAAGACUAGGUUCGAAUCAGCGAAAUCACAGUUGCCUCAAGAUAGAAUUGCUGAGAGAUCGUUGACUUCUGCUCGUCCGCAGACGCCGCCCAUAGGCCAGAGGCAAUCGAACAAGACUCGAGUGACCAGCGGUAGUCGUAGAGCCGACAGACAGAUCACGCAAAUUACACAUCUGCCUAAACAUUCUCCUCUUCACGCGAGCCCUAAUCCUCAGUACCCAUCGCCGGGUCACAAAUCCCCGAAGAGGGACAGGGACGAGUCUCAUUCGCAGAGCGCCCUCGCAAGUCUUCCGAUGAUUGGGAUGGAAGAUUUCAGCGAUCCCGUUCCUGCUCCAGCACCUCCACCACCGGCACCAGUAGCGACCUCGCAGAACGGGACGUUCUCGAGCGUUUUCAAUAGUCACUCCGACAAUGAGAUGAACGGUGAUGCGAUCGGCGAGAUUUCGGACAGUUCGUCGAGCGACUCAUCCAGUGACUCCGAUUCCGAUCACGAUUCCGCACCUGAGAGCAAGACUGUUAAGCCCCCUAUUUCCAGGAGUAACGGCCAUGGGCAAGUCGGCAGGGGCUUAGCACUUCCGCCCAAUCCAACUCCGCCGCCAGCCAAACAUACCAAUCAAAUGUCCAUGCCCAUUACUCUCUUGAACGACGAUCUUUGCUUAUCGGAAUCCGGUUCUGAUUCCGAUUAACCUGAAAUUGAUGUAUACUGAAUAUAGGUAAAAUGUUGUGAGCCAAGUGAUUUAUGACUUUUGAUAUAAUGAAGAGUGUAUAAAGUUUUUAUUAUAAUGAUUACAUACCUAUUUUCUUUGU